AUGGCGUUUAACAACUCAAUCCUCGUCAAUCGCGUUCUUGCAUCGGUGUUGACAGAGGAUGAGGCGGCGGUAAGUUACCUUGCAAGCUCAAGCCAUGGUGGUCCUCAAUUUGAGCACAACUUGGUGGCGCCUUCUUCUAUGCAAGCUGGUGGCGCUCAAUUCAUGGACGCCCCCCUCGACGUGAGCUCCCUCGUGGCCAGCAUAGGUAUGACUCCCGCAGGAUUUGAAAUGCCGGAAGGGGCCAUUGUGGCGUCCGGCUACAAUACCCUUGGAGGCGUUCCUAUCGAUGUUGAAGAAAUUCCGCAGCCGCAAACUGGAAGCAAUGACAAGCCAACAUCCUUCAAGGGAACCUGGACAGAGGAAGAGGACAGCGUUCUGAAGGAUAUGGUAACACAGCAUGGCGAACGGAAGUGGUCAGUGAUAUCACAGUCUUUGCCCGGUCGGAUUGGCAAGCAGUGCCGAGAGCGAUGGAUUAACCAUCUGCGUCCCGACAUUAGGCAAAAUGACAUAUGGACGGAGGAGGACGACAAGAUGCUUAUUGGAGCUCACAAAUACUUCGGAAACCGCUGGUCGUCGAUAGCAAGGUUCCUCCCAGGCCGGUCAGAGAACGCCGUCAAGAAUCAUUGGAACGCGACCAGGCGCAGCCUCAAGGCAAAGCGCCGAUUGAAGAAGAAGAAGAGCGAGCAGCAGGUGCCACCCGGCCAGCUUUCCGUCCUGGAGGAGUACAUCCGCAGCCUGCCCCCGGCCUCCGAGUCUGCAGCACCGCCGCCGGCGGCGUCCCCGCCGCUCCAAGGCCCCGCCUACAGUGGGCCCAUCGUUCCAGAGGCUGCCCACCCGCCGGCGCCCGAGAUGGAGAUGAACUUCAACGCCGCCAACCCGGCCGGGCCGCCAUUAUCGCGCCACCUGCCGGGGAUGAUCAACCACAACAUGCCGCAGCUGCCGGACCUGAACAUCAGCUGUGACCCGCAGGAGGCGGGCUACAUGAGCUACGCGAUGUACGCUCCCUCGCCGGCGCCGCAGCUGCAGCUGGUUACUCAAGACCCCCAGCAAGCCACCUUCAGUUGGUUCCCGUUCGUCGAAUACCUCACGGCGCUGAACACGGGUCUUGCAGCUGGUCCAUCGUACUACGCUGGUGGAUCCUCCAGCAAUGCCGGCGCAAGCGGCUACUACAGCGGAGCGGGCGCCGGCUACUACUACAGCGAAGCAGGGCCUAGCAACGCCGGCGGCAGUGGCGGCGAACCAGCUGGUGACACCGGCGACGUCGUUGAGCUGGCGUCGAGGGAGUUCUUGACGCCCUCCAAUGACGAGGCGACUCUGGACCUGACCAGGUUCGAGUGA